GGAUGUCUCUCUUUAACGAUCCUUUUUCUCCUUUUUACGAUCCGUACUUUGAUUCUGGAAUUAGUUCUCCACGUACCAGUACUUUCGAUUGGACUCCAGAUACUUCAUGGAAUACGUUUUCAAUUGGUCCAGAAACAUCCACCUGGGAUCAACCUACUUCCCGUACCUUGGAAACUGCACCUCGUUUCCGCAAUUCACCUAUUUCUGAUCAAUCACGAAAUUUUGGAAGUCGUAUUAAGGGCGUACCAAAAGAAGAUAUCUCGAUUGAUCUUCGUAAUGUAGAAUUAGUUAUCCAAGGAGAAUCCAAACGCAAACCUGCUUAUGAAGCUGCAACUUCUCGUGUGCGUGAACGUAGAGUCGGAAAAUUCCGUAAAGUUGUCUUCUUGCCUCGCGACUGCGCUUCAAAACGCGAUAAUGUUGAAGCAAAAUUUCAAAAUGGAUUGCUUGAAAUUAAA